UGUUGUGUUUUUGUUUCUCAGCUGAAUAUUUCAGUAACAAUAUCUGCAGUUUAUUAUCUGACAGAGUUUAUUAAAGAUGGACGAACUGCUGCGAAAUGAGGAAUAAUAAUAUGACGGCGUAAUAACAUAUAUAGAAACAUUUAAGCACAGUUUUGGUUGGUUGUUAUUUAAUUAAUAAUGGACAGCAACAGCCACUUAAUCACUGCUAACCGGCCGCUUUAUUAGGCACACAUCACUACAACAGGACUCUGGACGUUUACUCUUUUCAGGACAUUCUUGGUAAACCUGAAAGUUCUCGGUUCAAAUCCCAGCAGAUGAGCAGCUUCACUCUCAGACUAGUCAGGCUUUAACCAACAGCCAUGACAUUCAAAAUCUAACAAAUCCCCUCCAUCCUCAUGUUGAUUGGUUUACAUUUGAGCAGGAGGAGAACUUGAUCAGCUGUUUAGUGUGUCCAGUGAGACGUUAAAGUCUGUUUAUCAUAGUUUCAACAUCUAUGAUUAAACUUUAGGUUCUUAAGGAGCUGAAAAUCACAAAACAAGCAGAAAACGGAUCAGAUAUAUCAGUAUGGAUGAUCCAAAAUAGUUCAUGUCUUUUGCUUCAUGCAUCCUAUAAUUUCAGCAUCAGGUUGGAAUCAGGAAGCAGCAUCAAUGAGACUUUGACUGGACCACAGAUGUAAUAGUAACCUGAACCUCCUGAACUCAUUUCACUCUGAUCUCUGAAGGAGUUAAAGCAAAGCAACAGCGCCACCUGCAGGUUGUUCCCAGUAUGUUUGAUGGUCAGACUGGAAACUCAAUAGAAAUCUGAAUCAAACAUUUCAGUGUCUCUAAUGUCUAAUCUAAACAAACAGCGCCACCUGCUGGGUGAUUAUUUACACCUGAUUCCAGUUCAGCCACUGAAAGCAGCAGCAGCUUCCUCCUCUUGUCCAAUCAGCAGCUUCCUCCUCUCAUCCAACCAGCAUCUUCCUCCUCUCGUCCAAUCAGCAUCUUCCUCCUCUCGUCCAAUCAGCAGCUUCCUCCUCUCAUGGUCCAACCAGCAGCUUCCUCCUCUCUGGGGGCUGCAGGGGCUGAUGGGAGCUCUGGUUCCUCUGCUCUGAUCUCUCAGCUCGUCCUUGUUUGGCCUCAGCUGCAUCAGAGCCACUUCUCCCCAGGUUCACCAGAGGAAACUCCACUGCACACAAUGCUUUUCCUCCCAGCUGCUGCUCUGUGCUGGCUGGGUUCAGCGCUGGCUGCCAUGGCAACACACCUGGUUCAGGACGAUUUGAGUCGAACUGGAAGAGUUGACCAUAGCAUUUCCUUCAGCUGUGGAAGAACUGAUCAGUGUGGUGGAAAUGUUGUAGUCUGGUACCAGAAGAAAGACACAGAAACGUUCAGAGCUAUUCUCUACAUCACCAGUGGUGGUAGAACAGAAAAGCCUUUCAAUCAUCCCCAACAAGACGAUUUCUCUGCUGAAAAUACUCAGAAAGUCUGUUUGUUGAGGAUCAAUGCAGUGAAACUCACUCAYUCAGCCUCCUACUACUGCGGCUGUAGGAAGUCUGGGUACCCCAUCUUUGGUUCUGGAACCAAACUGUAUGUAACAGGUGACCCGGUGGUGCAGCCCGUGGUGAGCGUGUACCCAGCAGCAUCCAGCGCCCAGCGGGACAGGAAGGGCUUCCUGCUGUGUCUGGCCUCAGGCAUGUUUCCUCCUGAGGUCCAGRUCUCCUGGAAACGACUGGAGGACGGUGGAGAGACGGAUCUGACCUCUGCAGAGCAGCUGGAGCUCAGAGAGCCCAACCGCACCGCCUCCAUCUUACCGGUGGACCGGGAUCAACACGGCACAUCUAGAUACCGCUGCUCUGUGCAGCAUGAGGGGGGCCCAGUGGAGGCCCCAGCAACACAAGAGCUUCCAGCUGCAGCAGCCUCCUGUCCUCCACAGAGUCCAGACCAGGCAGAUCAGCUGCAGCACGACUGGUCCUUCCAGCCUGGCUGCAGGGUGAAGCUGCUCUGCCUGCUCUACUCAGUGCUGAUAGUGAAGAGUCURGUGUUCUGCUGUGGACUCUCUCUGCUGAUGGUCCUCAGGACCAAGGGACCGGCCCCCAGCUGAGCCUCUGCUGCAGCUGCUGCUUCUCUCUGAGGCUGCAGGAUUUUAUUAUCCAUCACUGAAAAUCAUUUAUGCAGCUUUAGCUUCGUUUUAAUUGGUUCUGGAGCUUCUUUGGUUUUAUAAAGCCAGAUAUUCUCAGCCAAUCAGAACGAUCUGCUCUGAAGGAAACUAAAUCAGUUCAAGGAGAUUUAACAUCAUCGACUUUAAUAAAAGUUUAGAUUUUAACAGAUUUUCCUAGAAAAUGUCAGAUUUGAUCCAAAAUGACAUGAAUUCAUUCAAUGUUGACUCUUUAAUGCAGUUUUAAUGUAAGUUUGCUUUAAAAAUAUAAUUUUGUACCAAAUGACUCUUUAUCAUAAAUAUUCAUAAAGACUCAUGUUUAUAAUUUCAUGUCUUAUUCUGACCCUUAAAUAAAGUUUUACCAAACAUUUUGAUCAA